AUUUAGCCCUACUGAUAACAGAGUCUUCUGGAGCGAGUACUGGUACAUUGCAACAAAGCAGCACUAGCAGCGCUCUUCAAAUUGUUUAAAUACAAAGUUUUUCAAUUAAUUGUACAACAAUAAAAAAAAAUAAGAAUGCACUACUUUUUAUAUUUGACCGCUAUAUUUGCGCUGGUAGCCGCCGACGGCUACUACUAUGAGGCACCCGCUGCGCGCACUCCUCUACUCUGGAGCACCUUAUCGGCGGCUGCUCCACAAUAUCAAUAUCACACCCAGGACGGAUUUGGCCAAUACGCUUAUGGUUACGGUGAACCGCUGUCCACCAAGCAGGAAGUACGCACUUUGGACGGCAUCACGCGCGGCUCUUACACUUACCUCGAUGCUGCGGGCAAAUUACAAACGGUCGCCUACACUGCGGAUGCCGAUGGUUUUCGUGUGGCGGCUACUAAUUUGCCUAAACAACGUUUGCCUUCGGAUUCAAAAACCUCAUUUGAGUUACCGCAGCCUGUACAGGAUACUCCCGAAGUGGCGGAAGCGCGCUUACAGCAUUUAGCUGCACAUCAGCAGGCAAAAUUAGGUCUGUUUCAAAUUACUAAACCCAUCACUCCUAUUCCUGCCCCAACUCCAGUGUUAAAGGCACACUCUACUGCUGUUGAAAAACGUGUCGAUCGUAUUGAUAUACUGCCACAGUCCGUAGAGGAUACGCCGGAGGUGGCCGCUGCUAAGGUAGAGUUCUUCAAGCGCUACGAGGAGGUUAAACAGCGUGAUGAACGAUUGCGCCAACAGCAGAAGCAGCUAGAUGGUUAUGCGUUGGUUAAGUCACAGCCUAUAACUGUAACCGUGCCUUUGUCUUUGUCCAACUAUAAACCGGCCAUUAUUCCAGGUGGUGUCUUCCGUUAUGAUAUUGUUGCACCAUCAAAUAAUCGCGAGUAUUUGCCCAUCGCAAAAUUUAAUCUAUAAAACAUUGAUAAGUUUAUUCGAUUUGAUUAUUCUUUGUUUAUUUUCGUUCAUUAAUAAAAGACAAAUGCAAUAAUA